AUGGAGCCGCCUCAACCGUCCGUCGUGGAGGAGAAGAUGCGUCUUCAGGAACACCUCCAGCGCCAGCAACAGCAAGGGCAACAGCAGCCGUCAUCACAGUCAUCACAGAGCCGCAAUCCUACUUCGGGAAGCAACACGGUGCCCAUGACGGAGGAAGAGCUCGAGGGAUCACCGGUACACAACCAGCAAUCCCCGGCGUACUCCCCCGACCCCAGCCAGGAGUCGCCGGCGUACGCUCCCACCCACAUGCAGAUACCCCGGGUUCCCGUCCCGCCCCCCGCCCCGGUCCCCGUCUACACCACCCCCCGCUCGCCCACCCCGCCCCCCUACUCCGGCCCCUCCACCCCGGCCCAGGAGCCAGCCCCGCCCCCGGAAUCCCAAACCGGCGGGCCCAAGCCACCCCCUCGGUACCCGGGCCUACCCGCCCUCGACUACCGCCUCUACAACCCGCCCCUCUUCGAGCUCUCGACCGACAAGACCACCAUCAAGUCCACCACCGCGCACCUCUCCAGCUCGGCCGACGCGCUGGUCGCGCUGAUCCGGCAGCAGGCGACGGUGCCGCCCAAGCCGCAGAUCCACAUCGUGGGGCGGCGCGGCAACACGCCCGGCACCGGGCGCGCCGACUUCUCCAUCAAGCUGAACCUGCUCUCGCUGCUCGUGCCCGAGGACCCGCGCCAGCGCAUGGACUACCUGCGCUGCGUGGGCGCGGGGGAGGUGGCCUUCCGCGGCGGCACCAAGCCCGCCGCGCAGCCAGAGGUCGAGGGGGACGGCUCGCUGGACGCGUGGGCGGCCCGUUUCGUGGCCGACACGGCGAGCGUGAAGGCCUUUGCGCUCGAGAGGGUUGUUGUUAAUCUGGAUGUUGAAUGGCUUGAGGGGCAGAUCCGCAAGUUGGUUGCUGCUAUGCGCUACCCGGGCACGGUUGCCGUCUCGUUUCCUAUCACGCAUAGCAGGGUGGUGGUGCAGAAUCCGGACCGGGUCAACAAGUUUAUCACGAGCGUCACGGGGUUCUUUGCGGGGAAGAGGAAGUAUGAGGUUGUUAAGGCGGUUUGGCCGUUUGCGACUAUGCCUAAGGGGAGUGAUGCGGACGGGAGGCGGUGUGCGGUGCAGACUGAGGAGGUCUGGUGGAGGGAGUGGAGGGGGCCGAUUCGUUAUGCAAUUGCUACGAAACGAAAUGGCUGGGUCACCAACGAAGACAAGCUCGAGGCGCUCAUGGAGGGCACGCCGUCAGCUACGCCGGAGGAUGUGGACUGGGGUCCGGAGUACUAGGCCUGACUCCUAGAGUCGGUUUUUAGUUGGUUUUAUGGUCUGUUCUUUUACGCCUGUUGAAGAUUGUUCUCCAAGGCAAGCUCAUAGCGCCGGAGUUUGGUGGUUGAGACCCGGGUAUUGGAUCCCUGCGGUAAUGUCUAUUCAUGUUUAUGUUUGGCUUGGAUAGGGGCUGCACGUGUACUGUGCAUUUUGGAUUGAAUAUACACUGUGUCAAGCUUUCUCUUUUUGAGUUCCAACUUGGGUACAUAGCUGCCGUUGCUUCGUUUACUUUACUUGCAUUUCAAUCUGUUGGCACCAACAGUGCCCUGCAUUGCAUCAAUCGACUCAGACAUGUC